AUGCUUUCAAUCUUACCAUCAGACAACGAUGAAAAUGAAUCAAAUAUUAUUGAUUUCUUAUACCAGUUAUGUAAACGAAAUGAACUUGAAGAAGUGAAAAGAAUUUUACCAUUUAUUGGUAAUAUUAAUUUGAUUAAUAAACUUCAUACAGUCACCGGCUCGACAUGUUUACAUGUGGCUUGCUAUUAUGGUCAUCGCGAUAUGGUCAAGAUUCUACUCGAUUACGGCGCGACACAUUCAAUACGAAAUUUACGACAUAGUUUAACAGCGUAUGAAGAAACACAUGUCGAGGAAAUCAAACAAUUGUUUCUCGAACACAAAAAUCCGCCGUUCAAUAACGAUUAUAAUUUUAUUCAAUGGUCAUUGAUCGGUGAUGAUUUACUAAGUAAACGUCGAGAAUUUCGGAAACUUAUCGAUGUCUAUAAAACCUAUGAUAAUCAUCUUCUAGUAUCAAAGUUAUUAGCAGAAGUCAUUCAUUACUAUUUAAACGAGUAUCUACUCGACAAUGCCAGAGAUGAUACACUUCGAGCACAAAUCGAAACGAUCGAAUCGUAUUUCAAAGAAGCAAUUGACAAACAAGAUUAUCUAACCUAUUUUAUCAAAGCAUACACAUUAACCAACAUAUUCUAUCACUUUCUAAACAAAGACUUAGCUUUGUACAUCUUGGAAUACUUCGAUCAAACAAAAACAUUUUCAUCAAAUUAUCGUCUUGUCAAUUGUCUUGUGCAUCUCGUAACGCUUUUAAUCUACCAUCCAAAUCUACCUCAAUAUCAAUAUCGAGGUGUAUGUUAUCGAGGAAUGCGAAUAACAACGAAUGAUUUAGAACAAUAUCAGAUCAAUCAUCAUAUAUUAAACCGAGCUUUUCUCUCAACAUCGCUUGACAGACAAGUUGCAGAAAUGUUCGCCGGCGAAGGACAACAAUCACAAAUGAGACAUACACCGAAAGAUCACUGUGCACUGCUAUAUUCAUGUGUGUGUCAAUAUGUUGUAAAACAAGAUUUAACAGCGAUUAAUAUCGAAAAUUUAUCGACAAGACCCGAUGAAAAAGAAGUUUUAAUUAUUCCAUUCAGUGUUUUUAAAAUAACAUCCAUCAAACGAAAUUAUAUCGAUAAUCCACAAGUAGCAAUUUCCAUUGAAAUCGAAUUAGAAGAAUGUGAAGAUCCGGAUAAACUUGAUGAGCAAUCAUCGCGUUUACUAACAGUUUUGUCCUCAGAGAAUGAUAUCAAAGAUGCUGAAGCUUAUACGAGAUUCAAGCGCCGGCGAACGUUACUUUAUGGCGCUAUUGCAAUCUUAACUGUCCUCGUUCUGAUCGCAUUAAGUGUUACACUUAUUCUAAUUUUCGCUAUUAAAAAACCCAAUCCAAAUUACAAUUCAACAUUACUAUUAGAGAAAAUCAAUCGCUUUGAGUAUCAAUUGCCAUUCGACUGUCCGAGAAUACUGAACCGGACUAGUUGGAAUGCACGCCCAUAUAUUGCACGUGAGAAUCUGACAAUUGUACCAGUCACACAUAUUGUCAUAAGACAAUUAGCAGAUGUGAAAAACGUUGUGAGCCAACAGGAUUGCAUCAAAGCGAUUAGAGAUCUUCAGGAUUUCCAAAUAGAUAUUCGAGGUUGGGCUGAUAUUGGUUAUAAUUUUCUUAUGUGUAACGAUAAGAAUGAUCAUUCCGAAAUCUAUCGAGGUCGAGGAUGGAUGUUUCGAGGUGCACAUUGUAUUAGUUAUAAUUUUCGAUCCUUAGGUAAUCACAGUCAAAAUCAAGUUGUUCAAUCAGUGAAGGACGAUGAGAAACAACCCGUUUGGGAUGGAAAUAAAGUAGAAAUGAUAAGUGUAAAGUUGGCCGAUGGUGUCUAUGCUCUCUAUGCCAAAGAUGCUGAACAGUUAAAUGCGACUGGUGGUGCAGCAGCUACGAGUGGUGGAUUGAUUAUUGGCGAGCACGGUGUUCUGUUGAUCGAAACGUUCCUAAAUCAACGUUUGAAUCACCAAGCACAAGAAUUAAGUAGAAAAUUAUCAAGAGAUAAACCGAUUCUGUUUGCUGUGAAUACAAGUAGUCACGGUGACCAUUGGUAUGGAAAUAUGUAUCUACCCUCCACAACGAUGAUUAUUCAGCAUGAAAAUGCGAAGAAUUACAUUGAUCAACACUUGGAAGAGGAUAAAAGUUUUAUGAUNAUCUAG